AUGGAGUUCGACCUGAUCGUGCGCAAUGGCAAUGUCGUGACCGCGUCGGAUAUUUGGUAUAACUGCGACAUUGGAGUCAAGGAUGGCACCAUCGUCGCCGUGGCCCGCAACCUCCCCAUCCGCAACGGCGACCAGGUCACGAUCCUCGACGCCGAGGGCGCGUACAUCACGCCCGGCGGCAUCGACACGCACGUGCAUCUCAGCCAGCUGUACGAGGCGUCGGUGGACAGCCUGAUGCGCACGCAGAUCACCAACGGCCAAAUACCCGACCUGGCCAACUACACCAACGACACGUACGACACGGGCACGCGCAGCGCCGUGGCCGGCGGCACCACCACUGUCAUCACCUUCGCCAGCCAGCUGCGCAACGACGAGAGCCUGGUGCCCGUGCUGGAGGAGUACGCCAAGCUGGCCGACGGCCAGUCGUACUGCGACUACGGCUUCCACAUGAUCCUGUCGAACCCCACCAAGCACGUCCUCGACGUCGACCUGCCCAUGAUGGUCGAGCGAUACGGCAUCACCAGCGUCAAGAUCUACAUGACCUACAAGGCCUUUCAGCUCCGCGACUAUCAGAUCCUGGACGUCAUGCACGCGGCACGUCGGCUGGGGAUCACGACCAUGGUGCACGCCGAGAAUGCCGACGUGAUCGAUUGGAUGACCGAGCACCUGGAGGAGCAGGGCAUGACGGCGCCGUAUCAUCAUGGCACGUCGAGGCCACCGAUUGUCGAGGCGGAGGCGACGAAUCGAGCCAUCGUCCUGGCCGAGCUCAUGGACACGCCCAUCCUCCUCGUCCACAUCUCCGGCGGCCACGCCACCCGGGUCAUCCGUGACGCCCAAACCCGUCUCUUACCGGUGCACGGCGAAACCUGUCCGCAGUACCUGUUCCUUCUGGCUGAAAGCAUGAAAAAGGACGGUUUCGAAGGCGCCAAGUGCGUCUGCUCGCCGCCGAUCCGCGAAGAGGCCGCCGACCAGGACGCCAUCUGGACGGGGAUCAAGAACGGCACCUUCACCACCUUGUCGUCGGACCACGCGCCCAUCAAGUUCGACCACCCGCAGGGCAAGCUGCGCGGUCUGGCCCACGGCGGCGGCGAGCAGGGCAAGUUCCAGUACAUCCCCAACGGGCUGCCCGGGGUCGAGACGCGGGUGCCGCUGCUGUGGUCCGGCGGCGUGCUCACGGGACGCAUCACACCACAGAAGUUUGUGGAAGUCACGGCGACGAAUCCGGCCAAGCUGUACGGCUUGACCAACAAAGGGACCAUCGGCCCCGGGUUUGACGCGGACUUGACCAUCUGGUACCCGCAAGACAAGUUCAAACCGUUCAAAUUGACCAACGACAUGUUGCACCAUGCUAUUGACUAUACUCCCUUCGAAGGCGUCGAGUUCAAGAACUGGCCGCGGUAUACCCUGGUCAGAGGCACGGUUGUCUUCAAGGAGGGCGAGGUUGUGGGUAAGCUGGGCUAUGGCAAGUAUCAGCGCCGGACCAAGAGUACGCUGGGUGGGCCGCGAAAUGAGUUUCUGAGUGAGUGGCGGCCGAAGUAUCCUGCGAAUUAG